UAUCCUCGAUUACAAUCUUGAGCAGACGACGAAAACCAAAAACCCAGAUCCAGCUGAAAUUAAAUUUUCAACCAAACGAAGAAGAAAAUUUUCGAAGAGAAGAAGAAGAAGAGAAUGAAGGCGGAGCUUAAUUUACCGGCUGGGUUCCGAUUCCAUCCAACGGACGAGGAGCUUGUGAAAUUCUACUUGUGCCGGAAAUGUGCAUCGGAGCAGAUCUCGGCUCCGGUUAUCGCCGAGAUUGAUCUGUACAAGUUCAAUCCUUGGGAGCUUCCAGACAUGUCUCUGUACGGAGAGAAAGAGUGGUACUUCUUCUCACCUAGAGAUCGGAAAUACCCAAACGGUUCGCGUCCAAACCGGGCAGCAGGAACCGGUUAUUGGAAAGCUACCGGAGCAGAUAAACCGAUUGGUAAACCGAAGACGUUGGGUAUCAAGAAAGCACUCGUCUUCUACGCUGGGAAAGCUCCAAAGGGGAUUAAGACCAAUUGGAUAAUGCACGAGUAUCGUCUCGCUAAUGUUGAUAGAUCAGCUUCUGUUAACAAAAAGAACAACCUACGACUUGAUGAUUGGGUUUUAUGUCGAAUAUACAACAAGAAAGGAACCAUGGAGAAGUAUUUCCCCGCGGAUGAGAAACCGAGGACGACGACAAUGGCUGAACAGUCAUCAUCGCCUUUUGAUACAUCGGACUCGACUUACCCGACAUUGCAAGAGGAUGAUUCGAGUAGCUCAGGUGGUCACGGUCACGUGGUGUCACCGGAUGUUUUGGAGGUUCAGAGCGAGCCUAAAUGGGGAGAGCUUGAGGAUGCUUUGGAAGCUUUUGAUACUUCCAUGUUUGGUGGUUCCAUGGAGUUGUUACAGCCUGACGCUUUUGUCCCUCAGUUCUUGUAUCAGUCUGAUUAUUUCACUUCCUUCCAGGAUCCGCCCGAGCAGAAGCCAUUCUUGAAUUGGAGUUUUGCUCCACAGGGGUAAAAACGGAAGAGAUUAAAAAAGUUGUUUGCUUGUACUGUGCCAGAGAGAAGAGUCUCAUCUCAACUCAUCCCUGGUUCUUAGUAGUAUAAAAGGAUUGUAGAAUG